CAGACAGACAGACUAGCAAACAGACAGAGUUAAUAUUAGCUUAAUUAAACUAAUCCGUUAGCACAAAAGUGUCGGACAUAUAUUGAAAAUAUUGAAUAGAGAAGCUGUAAAAAUAGUUAUGAAAAUACUGUUAACAUUUUACAAAAUUAAUUCAGAACUUAAACUCUUCGCUUUCAGAAUAGAAAAAAGUAACCGUUGCAUUUAAAAUAUCAUAAUAUUGAAGUUUCAAUAUCUUUUCUAGUUUUUAAGAUCUAGAAGAGACGGAAAAUAGACGAACAGACAGACCAAACAAAAAAAAAAUAGUGGAUAUUUCCUUUUUGGGAGCACUAUAAAAAUAUGUCGCUUAUCGAUACUUCAGUGUCAUCUGCUUUGUAUACAUCAAAAAAGAAAAAAACAAAUAAACUCACUUUUUAUGGAUUUUCCUCCAUGUAUCUGUUCAAUAUGUCAAUCAUCCCAUUGUCAUAUCAACAAAACAACAAAACUAGAUCUAAAUAGGUUUAACUAUCGAUUUUCUUUUUUUUUUAAGAGCGAUGAGGGCAACAAUCACGGUCAGCUAUUGUUGGUACAUCAUUAUUCAUGAGUCAAAAGAAUUGUUUUUUUUUUCAACCAAUACUUACUGGAUAAGAUAAUGUUGGUACGUAGUUUUAAACUGCAAUAACCAUGACCAUACACCUUUUAUAAAAUUGCCUCGCGCCUCACAACAUUCUACGUAUGCAAGGUGGACCAGAAUUGACCCAGUUAUAAACGCAACACGUUUCACUGUUCAUCUAUUCAUGCAUAAGAAUGUUGCUACAUAAGAAAUUGAAAUUUGUUUGUCGUUUCAGGUACCUGACUGCAUUGCUCUUGCUGUGCGGCACGUCCAUUCUGCUGAUACAAAUCAACAGCGCGUUGAGACGUUUCCAGUCCUACAGGAACAAAACAUUUUCAAGCGUUAUAGACAGAUCCCUGUAUGCCUGGGAGAAGUGGACAUCAAGUUCGAUCGAAUCUGUCUUAUACAGGACGGAUGAAACUUUUCAUUUGAGCACCGAGGCCGGUUUAACAAGAGAAACAACAACAGCGCCCAGUGAAGAUGUUUUAAAUCUACGUUUGCGUACGGUGAGCAGCAUCUCAAUGAGUCCCAAAGGAAUACCAGACAAGCCAAGGUUUCAAAAAGUCAAUGAUUUUGACGCCUGGCUUUUUUCCGCGUUCUAUGACAACUUGAAUAACUCAGAUCUCAUCAGGGUGUUUGGCAUUCAACCAUUGCUGUUAAACACGCCAGUCUUCUGUCAUCUCACAGAAGGUAUUGAUACUUACACCGUAGAGGGGAAGAAGACAGCUUUAAACGAUUGGCAUAAGAAAAGAAGGCGAGUUUUCAGUUACGAGUGUCCACUGAAUGAGACAAGUCGACCAAACAAUGUGUCCUUGACAUUUGUAGAAACAGACACGCCCACCAACAGCUUCCUGGUUCUAUAUCCAGAACGUAUACAGAGAAAUUUUACCGUCUGCUAUUCAAUGUUAUUUAACUUCAAUACUCCUUACCAGUUGGUUCAGAACGUCGAGUUCAACAGAGUCCUUGGGGCGGAGCACUUCUUUCUGUACAGGGAGAGCGUCUCCAGCGCUGUAGACACCGUACUGAAACAUUAUCAGAGACAAGGCUUCUUGACCGUCAUAGAAUGGCCUAUUCCAGUUGGCGAAAUACAUUAUCACGGUCAGAUACUUUCACUCAACGACUGCGCGUAUCGCAACAGGGGUGUGUCCAGAUAUGUGGUCAUUCAAGACACGGACGAAUUUAUUAUUCCACACCAGCAUGACAACUGGACUGAACUCAUAGAGGUCUUAAACAAAGAGUUUGAACAAAGUAACAAAAGUCCAAGUGAGAAUCUCGGGGCUUACAUCGUACUGAGUAGUUUUUAUCAGCAGUCCCCGAGCUCUUCAGAAUGGAAGGAAAUAAAACGAAAAUUUUCUGUCAGCGACCAAGAUUUCCAAAAGUUUGCGAAUUUUUCUCUAAAUGUAUUUUCAGAUUUAAAGAGAUUAAACAUGUAUUUUAGGGGUCAAAGGCAGAAAUCAUUUGUCCGGCCGGAGACGGUCUUGUUCAACGACAUACACAGCCCGGAUAAGUAUCGCCCGGGGAUCGCCAAAGUGAAAGUUCACGUUGAUCUAGCUGUGGUUCACCACCAAAGGAGAUACUCUUCACCACAAAACAAUAUUCUGGAUACCACGUCUUUGAGAUUUAAAGAUCGUGUUCUUCCUUUAAUUAGCGAAACUGUAUCUCUUUUAUCUUUGUGAGAUUAGUUUUAUUUGUGUGUGUGUGUGUGUUACUAUUGGUAUUUAUUUCUAGCAAAACUAGUAAUGUAAUUUUUGAACUUUUUAAUGUUAUAAAAUUUUUACAAAUAUUCAAUUAUUAAUUUCGCAAAAGGUUGAUUCAUUAUUAUAAAAAAAUAAACAUUGUUCUCUAUUUUACAACGUAUAUAUUUUAAUCACUCUUACAUAGGUUUAUUUUUAACUCAGUACAAAAACAAGAAAGGGGGGGGGGGGUUUGGAUGCAGUGGACCUGGAGUCUUUGGUUAGAAUCUUGCUGAAGAUAGUGAUUUUAAAUUUCGGGAUAUUUGGGUCGUCCCUGAAUCCAUCAAACUCAAAUGUUUACUUGACCUAAGUUGGGGAAAGUAAAGGCGGUUGGUCGUUGUGCUGACCACAUGACACCCUCGCUAGCCGUUAGCCGUAAGCCUUAACAUCCUCUGCCCUGUAGAUCAGUAGGUCUGAAAUGGGAAUUUUAAUCAAAGCAAGAAUAUUAGCACCAAUAAAGCCUACCAGGGGAGGCUUGAUCAUUUCUAUCAUAUUUUGUUUAUACAUGAAUGCAAUUCCAUUUCUUACCUCAAGAUCUUCUUAUCUCCAAAUCAUUUUCGAUGCAAAUAUGCGAUCGAAAAUCAAAAUGUAUUUAAAAUGAUAACAAUGUAAUAUAGAAAUUACAGAUCAUGUUCUAUUCUGA